AUGCUGUCCAAUUGCCUGCGCCAACGGCCUGUCGCUGGCCUGGCCAGCUUAUCCAGAGCUUCCGCCAGCAUUGUCCGUGCAACACAUGCCAGCCGCUUUCUCUCCACAACGGCGCCUCGCCGCGCCGAUGAUCACAAAUACAACCAGAUCUCGGGCACCAUCACACAGCCCAAGUCCCAGGGCGCCUCCCAGGCCAUGCUGUACGCUACCGGCCUGUCCGAGGCCGACAUGAACAAGGCCCAGGUCGGCAUCUCGUCCGUCUGGUUCGAGGGCAAUCCCUGCAACAUGCACCUGCUCGACCUUUCCAAGGCCGUCCGCGAUUCCGUCAAAAAGGCCGGCUUCAUUCCUUACCGAUUCAACACCAUUGGCGUCAGCGACGGCAUCUCCAUGGGCACGACCGGCAUGCGCUACUCCCUGCAGAGCCGCGAGAUCAUUGCCGACUCCAUUGAGACCGUCAUGAGCGGUCAGUGGUACGACGCCAACAUUAGCUUGCCCGGCUGCGACAAGAACAUGCCCGGCGUCGCCAUUGCCAUGGGCCGCGUCAACCGCCCCAGCAUCAUGGUCUACGGCGGCAGCAUUAAGCCCGGCUGCACAAAGGCCGGCGCGCCCAUCGACAUUGUCUCCGCCUUUCAGGCCUACGGCCAGUAUAUCAGCGGCGAAAUCACAGAGGAGGAGCGCUUCGACAUUGUCCGCCACGCCUGUCCCGGCCAAGGCGCCUGCGGCGGCAUGUACACGGCCAACACCAUGGCCACCGCCAUCGAGACCAUUGGCCUGACCCUCCCCGGUAGCAGUAGCAAUCUCGCCGACAGCCCCGAAAAGGUUGCCGAGUGCGAGAGCAUCGGCGAGGCCAUCAAGAACCUGCUCAAGGAAAAUAUCCGCCCCCGCGACAUCAUCACCCGCCAGGCUCUCGAAAACGCCAUGGUUGUCAUUACCGUUCUCGGUGGCAGCACCAAUGCCGUCCUGCAUCUCCUCGCCAUCGCCGAUGCUGCCGGCGUCAAGCUCACCAUUGACGACUUCCAGAGCGUCUCGGACCGCAUCCCUUUCCUUGCCGACUUGAAGCCUUCUGGCAAGUAUGUCAUGGCCGACCUCCACGCCAUGGGCGGCACGCCUGCUCUGCUCAAGUACCUCAUCAAGGAGGGCCUCAUUGACGGCUCCGGCAUCACCGUCACCGGCAAGACCAUGAAGGAGAACGUCAAGGACGCCAACGAGUUCCCCAGCGACCAGGACAUUAUCCGCCCCCUUAGCAACCCCAUCAAGCCUACCGGCCACAUUCAGAUUCUACGCGGCUCUCUCGCCCCUGGUGGUUCCGUCGGCAAGAUCACCGGCAAAGAAGGUCUUCGAUUUGAGGGCAAGGCCCUCGUCUACGACAGCGAGCCCGACAUGAUUGCCGCUCUAGAGCGCGGCGAGAUCAAAAAGGGCGAAAAGUCGGUCGUCAUUAUUCGCUACGACGGCCCCAAGGGCGGUCCCGGCAUGCCCGAGAUGCUGAAGCCUUCGUCUGCCAUCAUGGGCGCCGGCCUCGGCCAGGACGUUGCGCUCCUCACCGACGGUCGCUACUCGGGCGGCUCGCACGGCUUCAUCAUUGGCCACAUUGUCCCCGAGGCUAUUGACGGCGGCCCGAUUGCCCUUGUCAAGAACGGCGACCACAUUGUCAUUGACGCCGAGAAGCGCGUCAUCGACCUCGAGGUUCCCGAGGAGGAAAUGGCCGCCCGCAGAAAGGCCUGGAAGGCGCCUCCUCCGCGCUACACCCGCGGCACCCUGACAAAGUACGCCCGCCUCGUCACUGAUGCGUCCAGCGGUUGCGUUACCGACAAGGCUCAAUAG